AUGGAAGUGGUAUACUUUCCACCCAAGACGGAGACCGCGGCCGAAGAACCUCCCAACGCCGCCCCGACGGCUCCUGAGUCGACGAACCCUCCAGCCUUGAAGGUCAUUAUCGUGGGAGGUGGUAUUGGUGGGCAGACGGCGGCCAUUGCUCUCCGUCAGCAAGGGCACCAUGUGAAGGUCUACGAGCAAUCCCGCUUCGCCAACGAGACAGGAGCCGCCAUCCACCUCGUGCCAAAUGGCCUCAGUGUUUUGCAUCAUCUGGGCGUUCCCGCCGAGGAGCACGGAGCCAAUGAGAUCACGAGUACAAGGCUGCGCAAACACUCUGGAGAGAUCAUGAACGUUUUUGACCACUCCAGCCGACGAAAUAGGUUCCAGAAAGACUGGCUUCUUACACAUCGAGCGCACCUCCACGAUCAUCUCAAGGCCGUCGCUACCUCUGCCGAAGGCUUAGGCAAGCCAGCUGAUCUACUGUGCUCCUCCAAGGUCCAGCGUGUAGACCCGGAGAAAGGCGUGGUCUACCUCGCCAACGGCGAAGAGGAUCAGGCCGAUGUCAUCGUCGGAGCCGACGGCGUGCACUCGGUUUGUCGAAAUGCGAUAUGCGACGAUGUCCCUGUCCCUCAUCCAUCCAAGGACUUUACGUUUCGCUUUCUGCUGAGUCGGGAAGAGGUCGAGAGCGAUCCCGACACAGCCCCUCACGUCAAUCCAGAAGUGAGCUUGGAUAUCUGGUAUGGGCUUGAUCGCAAGGUCGUCAUCUAUCCCUGCGCCAGGAACAAAAUCCUCAACUUUGUGUGCAUUCAUCCAGCUGAAUUGACCAAAGACAAGCUCGACCUGGACGGGGAUGCGCUGAAGGUGGCGAUGCUUUCCAUCUAUGAGGGAUUCCAGCCGGCGGGAGGUGCGAUGGCCAUCGAAGACGGUGGCUCUCUUGGCAUCAUGUUGUCGAAGGGCAUCACUCCGGACGAAGUCCCAGAGCGUCUGGAGCUGUACAACAAAGCCCGUUACGACAGAGCCACUCUGUGUCAGGAGCUGACACGGUUGACCGGUGGAGACGGGAUCAAGUCCACGGAGUUCGACACAUCGAAACUCAACUUGAACAAUACUCUCGAGUAUUUCUUACCACACGAUGAGAUACACGCUUCCACUGAGGUCCUGAGGCGGCACCUGUGGAAGAAAGACGAGUCAGCCAGAUGGAAGCAGCCCAUCGUCUUCGGACCCAUGCCCGGCCCUCGCAACAUUCCCUCAGAAUGCUCCCAAGGCGGGGCGCCAUCAACCGUCACAACCGCAACAGUCAGGUUCAGGACAAGUGCAACGCUUCUCAAGAACCUGUUCCCAAACAAGGCAUACAGCUUUUCACAUGACGGCUCCGUCGGAGAAGUAAGCUUUGUAGUGCAACAACUUCGCAACCUGGACUGGCUGGGUGGCGGCGGGUAUAACGUCUUCAGCCUUUAUCUCCACGACAUUCGGUAUACGAAGGAGGACGGGACCAAGAUUCACGGCUUCUACUGCCCCGUCACCUUUGAGGACUGCGCCGAUCCCAUGAUCGCUGGCCGGGAGGAUCUGGGAUGGCCGAAGCUGUUCUCGGAUAUUGACAUCCAGCAGCCGUCCGAGGGAAGCAUGGAAGUGUCUUUGUCGUGGCACGGUGCCAAGUGGGCGUCCUUUUGGUUACGCGGCCUCCAGAAGAAGAAUCCCGAGGCGGGGGACAGUCCUCCAGGCCCUGCCACACCGCAAGAAGAUGGUAUCUUCAUCCAUAAAUACGUUCCCGGCGCUUCGGGGAAGUUUGAUCAGCCGGAUGCCGAGUACGACAUGUUUAUCCCGAAGCCUUUCGGGAAGAACAUGUCGGAGAGACACCAGAGCAACGAUAAGCUAGUGACCUCGGUCGCUGAGGAGGCAGGCGUGGAGUUCUUCCCGCUGGGCUGGAGUAAGCUUCCGACCCUGAAUCAUAUCGUGAGCCGAAUUGCCGAACUACCCAACUUCGGGAACACAGUCGGCUCGCUGAAGCCCGAAGCGGGCAUGAGAGACUUUUCAGGCGGCUAUCGGGUGGAAUGA